UUCAUUUUCAUUAUCCUCAACCACGGUAACCCCAUAAUCUUGGAUUCUCAUUUUCUUUUUCUUGAAUCAGAUUUCAAAACAGAUACAAAACAAACAAACAAUCUGGGUUUUGGUGGGUUUUAGCUUUUGGCUCUGUAAGCGCCAGCUUCUGCUUCAUCAAUGGAAGGUCCUGAAGUUUAUGUAGGUGGUGGUAGUUUUAGAAGAGGAGACUCUUCUAUAUGGAGAAGCAAUGCCAUGGAUACUUUCUCAAAAUCUUCACGAGAAGAAGACGAUGAAGAGGCUCUGAAAUGGGCUGCACUUGAGAGAUUACCAACUUAUGAUCGUUUGAAGAAAGGGAUAUUAACAACAUCGAAAGGUGAAGCCAGUGAAAUUUAUGUACAAGAUCUUGGAUUUCAAGAAAGGAGGACUUUGGUCGAUAGGUUGGUGAACGUCGCAGAAGAAGAUAAUGAGAGGUUCUUGUUGAACCUCAAGAAUCGCAUUGAAAGGGUUGGGAUCGAACUUCCCACCAUUGAAGUCCGAUUUGAGCAUCUUAAUAUUGAAACAGAAGCUCAUGUAGGAAACAGAGCUUUACCCACAUUCAUUAACUUCUCUAUUGACAUGGUAGAGGGUUUCUUGAAUAAGCUUCAUAUCCUUCCUAGUAGAAAGAAACGCCUUUCUAUCCUUCAGGAUAUUAGCGGAAUCAUCAAACCAAGAAGAAUGACAUUGCUUUUGGGUCCUCCAAGUUCUGGCAAAACCACUCUUUUGUUGGCUUUGGCUGGAAAACUUGAUCCUAAGUUAAAGUUCUCUGGUAGAGUGACGUUCAACGGUCAUGAGAUGAAUGAGUUUGUACCCCAAAGAACAGCUGCCUAUAUCAGCCAAUAUGAUAAACACAUUGGAGAAAUGACUGUGAGGGAAACAUUGGCUUUUUCUGCAAGAUGCCAAGGGGUUGGACACCGAUAUGAGAUGUUAACGGAGUUAUUAAGAAGAGAGAAAGCUUCAAACAUUAAGCCUGAUUCCGAUCUUGAUGUUUUCAUGAAGGCAAUAGCAACAGAAGGUCAGGAGACAAGUGUGAUCACAGACUAUAUUCUUAAGGUUUUAGGACUAGAAGUCUGUGCAGAUAUUAUGGUGGGGAAUGAAAUGUUAAGGGGUGUCUCUGGAGGACAAAGGAAACGAGUUACAACAGGUGAGAUGCUGGUUGGUCCAGCAAAAGCACUGUUCAUGGAUGAGAUUUCAACUGGUUUGGACAGUUCAACUACUUUCCAAAUCGUUAACUCGAUAAAGCAGUACAUUAAAAUUCUUAAUGGAACAGCUGUCAUCUCUCUCCUCCAGCCAGCACCAGAAACUUAUGAUCUCUUUGAUGACAUUAUUCUCCUAUCUGAUGGCUGGAUUGUAUAUCAGGGUCCCCGUGAACAUGUUCUUGAGUUUUUUGAAUUCAUGGGCUUCAAGUGUCCUGAAAGAAAAGGAGUGGCUGACUUCUUGCAAGAAGUAACAUCAAGGAAAGAUCAACAACAGUAUUGGACUCGUAAAGAUGAUCCUUACUGUUUUGUUACAGUUCAGCAAUUUUCUGAGGCGUUUCAGUCAUUCCAUGUGGGAAGAAAUCUUCAAGCUGAGCUUUCUACUCCAUUUGAUAAGACCAAGAGCCAUCCAGCUGCUUUGACAACUAAGAAGUAUGGUGUUGGAAAAAUGGAGCUGCUUAAAGCUUGCUUCUCAAGAGAGCUCUUGCUCAUGAAGAGGAAUUCAUUUGUCUAUAUCUUCAAGCUUUCCCAACUUACGAUAAUGGCAAUAAUUGCAAUGACACUCUUCUUGAGGACUGAGAUGCACCGAGAAUCAGUGAUCGAUGGAGGAAUUUAUGUGGGUGCUUUAUUCUACUCUGUGGUUUUUAUCAUGUUCAAUGGUUUAUCAGAGAUUUCAAUGACCAUUUCAAAGCUUCCAGUGUUUUACAAGCAAAGAAACCUCCUAUUCUAUCCUGCUUGGGCAUUUUCUCUUCCCCCAUGGAUCAUUAAAAUACCUAUUACACUUGUGCAAGUUGCUCUUUGGGUGUUCAUCACCUAUUAUGUGAUUGGAUAUGAUCCCUAUGUUGGAAGGUUAUUUAGGCAGUACCUUCUUCUUGUUCUUGUUAGCCAGAUGGCUUCUGCAUUGUUCCGAUUUAUUGCUGCAGCAGGAAGGGACAUGAUUGUUGCAAACACCUUUGGGUCAUUUGCACUGCUUACACUUUUUGCAUUAGGCGGCUUUAUCCUAUCACGAGAUAAUAUAAAGAAAUGGUGGAUAUGGGGUUACUGGAUAUCACCAUUGAUGUAUGGGCAGAACGCUAUAGUAGUUAACGAGUUCUUAGGAAAGAGUUGGAGUCGAGUUCUUCCAAACUCGAGUGAACCGCUGGGAGUUGAAGUUUUGAAGUCCAGAGGAUUCUUCACAAAUGCAUAUUGGUAUUGGAUUGGAGUAGGAGCAUUGGUUGGAUUCACACUACUGUACAACCUUUGUUUCACCCUAGCUCUCACGUUCCUAGGCCCAUUGCAGAAGCCUCAAGCUGUUAUAUCUGAAGACUCUCCAAGUGAUGAAUCAGGAAGUGACCACCAAACAUCUGCAAAGAGUGGGAGUGGUAGUGGCAGUUCAUCUGCAAGGGCAGAGGUCAGAGUUAAUAGCAGCCAUCAGAACAAAAAGGGAAUGGUUCUUCCAUUUGAACCACAUUUCAUCACUUUCGACGAGAUUAGGUAUUCUGUUGACAUGCCACAGGAAAUGAAAAAUCAGGGUGUGACUGAAGAUAAACUGGAACUUUUGAGGGGAGUGAGUGGUUCUUUCAGGCCAGGUGUUCUCACAGCUCUAAUGGGUGUUAGUGGUGCUGGUAAAACUACUCUGAUGGAUGUGCUGGCUGGUAGAAAAACUGGUGGAUAUAUAGAAGGAAACAUCACAAUUUCUGGCUACCCAAAGAAGCAAGAAACAUUUGCUAGAAUUUCUGGAUAUUGUGAGCAAAAUGACAUCCAUUCUCCACAUGUUACUGUCUAUGAAUCUUUGCUAUACUCAGCUUGGCUUCGCCUAUCUCCUGAUGUCAGCAGCGAAACCCGAAAGAUGUUCAUUGAGCAAGUCAUGCACCUUGUGGAACUAGAGCCGUUGAGGCAAGCAUUAGUGGGACUGCCUGGUGUUAGUGGCCUGUCUACCGAGCAACGCAAGCGGUUAACUAUUGCAGUUGAGUUAGUGGCAAACCCUUCCAUAAUCUUCAUGGAUGAGCCAACUUCAGGGCUAGAUGCAAGAGCUGCUGCAAUUGUUAUGAGAACAGUUAGGAACACUGUAGACACUGGAAGAACAGUUGUGUGUACUAUCCAUCAGCCGAGCAUUGACAUAUUUGAAGCUUUUGAUGAGCUCUUCCUAAUGAAGCGAGGAGGACAAGAGAUAUAUGUAGGGCCAUUAGGUCGUCAUUCGUGCCAUCUAAUCAAGUAUUUUGAGGGAAUUGAAGGAGUUCCUAAUAUCAAAGAUGCUUAUAAUCCAGCAACUUGGAUGUUGGAAGUUACCAGUUCAGCUCAAGAAUCAGUUCUCGGAGUAGAUUUUGCUGCUGUCUAUAGAAAUUCAGAACUUUACAGGAGCAACAAAGAAAUGAUUGAGAAAUUGAGCACGCCUGCACCUGAUUCAAAGGACCUGUAUUUUCCUUCAAAGUACUCACAGUCAUUUUUCACACAAUGUAUGGCUUGCUUGUGGAAGCAACGCUGGUCAUACUGGCGCAAUCCGCCCUAUACUGCUGUGAGACUGCUCUUCACAACCGUCAUAGCUUUGAUGUUCGGAACAAUGUUCUGGAACCUUGGCUCCAAAACGAAAAAGCGUCAAGAUCUUUUCAAUGCAAUGGGAUCAAUGUAUGCUGCCAUUGUCUUCCUUGGGGUCCAAAAUGCUUCAUCCGUGCAGCCAGUAGUUGCUGUUGAAAGAAGUGUUUUUUACAGAGAGAGAGCUGCUGGAAUGUAUUCUCCCUUGCCCUAUGCAUUUGCACAGGUCUUGAUUGAGCUUCCAUAUAUUUUCAUCCAAUCUGUGGUAUAUGGUCUUAUAGUUUAUGCAAUGAUUGGAUUUGAAUGGAAUGCUGCUAAGUUCUUCUGGUACCUGUUCUUCAUGUACUUCACAUUAUUGUACUACACCUUCUACGGCAUGAUGUCCGUGGCCGCAACACCAAACCAACACGUCGGAGCCAUAGUUUCGUCUGCAUUCUAUUCACUGUGGAAUCUUUUUUCAGGGUUUAUAAUCCCGCGACCGAGGAUUCCUGUGUGGUGGAGAUGGUAUGCUUGGGCAUGCCCUGUUGCAUACACAUUGUACGGAUUAAUUUCGUCGCAAUUUGGAGAUCUAAAGCAUACACUUGAGUCAGGUGAAACAGUGGAAGAUUUUGUGAGAAGUUAUUUCGGUUUCAGACAUGAGCUUCUAGGAGCAGUAGCAGCUGCAGUUGUUGGCUUUGCUACACUCUUUGCUUUUAUCUUUGCCAUUUGCAUCAAGUUCUUCAAUUACCAAAGGAGAUGAAAAACGUCUCCAUGCAAAACAUUGUAUGCACAACGGUGGUUACACGUUAACAUUGAUUAUGGGAUACUCAUCGUGAUCAAUGCAUGGUAUUAUAAAAUUUCUCCCAA